AUGAAUCUUCCUAAUAAUACUCACAAACCGAUAACGAUCCGAGAAGUCUGGUGUCAAAAUGUUGAAUCGGAAUUCAAACUGAUCACGGAUCUCAUUGACGACUACCCAUUUAUUUCCAUGGACACGGAAUUCCCUGGAGUUAUCUUCAAACCCAAUCCGGCCAACAAUUUUAGGCACGGCCUACGUAGACCGUCACCUUCAGAUCACUACCAGACACUCAAGUCAAACGUUGACGUUUUGAACUUGAUCCAGCUUGGGCUUACUCUAACCGACGCUGACGGGAACCUCCCAGAUCUCGGCUCGGACCAGCGAUUCAUCUGGCAGUUCAAUUUCUCCGACUUCGAUCUCUCGCGUGACUCUUACGCUCCGGACUCCAUUGAGUUGUUGAAGAACCACGGGAUUGAUUUUGAUAAGAACCGGGAAUCGGGGAUCGACUCCGCGUUAUUUGCAGAGUUGAUGAUGAGUUCCGGGAUGGUUUGCAACGAAUCAGUGAGUUGGGUUACGUUUCACAGCGCGUAUGAUUUCGGGUACUUGGUGAAGGUUCUCACUCGCCGCGCGUUGCCUAGUGGGCUGAAGGACUUUUUUGAAAUUCUCAGGGCCUUCUUCGGGAAUAAUAUUUACGAUGUUAAAUACUUGAUGCGGUUCUGUGAGAGUUUGUACGGGGGAUUGGACCGUGUGGCCCGGGCGUUGGAUGUGAACCGGGUUGUCGGAAAGUGUCAUCAGGCCGGUUCAGAUAGCUUGCUGACGUGGCAUUCAUUUCAGAAAAUGAGGGAUAUUUAUUUUGUGGAUCGUGGGCAUGAAAAAUAUGCUGGAAUAUUGUAUGGAUUAGAAGAGUAUUAG